CAACAGGACACUCGCGUCUUCGUCUGAACAUAACUUUAUUUCUGAGUUAGGUUUGUUUGUAAGAGAGUAAACAACGCGCUGCUAAGCUAACGUUAACUACGAGCGGCUGCGACACUGUGGAGGCGUCCACGCAGCAGGAACAUGAGGAAGAUUGCGCUGAGGAGGAUGCAGAGCGUACACACUGUGGGAACCACAAUCUCUGUUACCAUCUCCAUGUGGCCUAUCAACGGAUCUGAAAGACACAGAUGGAAAACAAGCUGGGGUCUGUGCUCCAACGUGCCUUCUACGGGUCCAGUGGGAGGGUGACCCUUUUCGAGCAGCGGAACUUCGCCGGCAGGCGGCUGGACCUGAGUUCUGACUGUGUCAGGCUCAGUGACAAGAACUUCCCAGAAAGAUGUAACUCUGUGCAGGUGGAGGGCGGAGCAUGGAUCGGUUACGAGCACGAGAACUUCCGGGGCCGUCAGUACCUGUGGGACAUGUCCGAACGGGGAGAGUACAGCUGCUACGACAAGUGGUGCGCUCAGCUGGACCACGUGUCCUCUGUCCGCGCUGUCAAACAGGACAACAACCCUGCCAGAGCUCAGCUGUUUGAGCGAGGCAGUUUCUCUGGUAAGAAGAUGGAGAUCCAGGAUGACAUCCCCAACCUGAUGAGCCGGUACAACCUCAACAGAGUCGCCUCCAUCCGCGUGCUCGGAGGAGCAUGGGUGGUCUAUCAGGAGCCAAACUACAGAGGGCCUCAUUAUGUCCUGGAGAAGCGUGAUUACAACAACUUCUCUGACUGGGGCAGUCAGAGCAACACCGUGGGCUCCAUGCGCAGAGUCCGCUUCAACUAAACGCCAUCGCCGAAGUCCUGCCAACACGAAGCCUGUCAGCCGAACACUUUGUAAUAAACUGUAAAAAGACAA